CUUUUCCCCGCCCCUCCCUCUGCUACUCGACCUAGUCCCCGCUCGGCUUCCAGUCCAGGGCGCCAUUCCAAGCUACUGCUAGUUUACUAGUUCGAAGCUGCUGGUGUUCAAGUCAGAUCUCAGACAGCACACGGAGAGAAAGGGCGAGAUGCCGUCCGCAGGCAUAGCUGUAAUUUCAAUCCUGUCUACCAUGAAACUGCUGUUUAAGAUGGACGGCGUCACUCAUGUGGCAAGCGUGGAGCUGUGGGUGUUGAUGACAACGCUGCUGGUGGUGGUGAGGUUCGCGCUGGAUGGCUUGGGGCCGUGGUACGCGGACAGGGCCACGGCAGUCACCAUCCAAAUCAUCGAGAUGCUCAACUACUCCAUGGUGCACUACACCAUGGGCCUGAUGCAGCUCUCGGCCAAGAGGGUGAACGACUACUUUCAGGUAUGGGCGGUGCUGCUGGUAACCCUGCAGCACAGCGUCAAGACUGGGCGCCUGUACCAGAGGUCCAAGCAGAUCCCAUUGCUCGACCUCAUGUCCUCUUUCUGGGCAGCCAAUCUCCUCCGAAUGCAGACAUUCUUCCUCCUCAGGAUUCCCCUAUGGAUGAUCUGGGCCCUCAACGCGAUCCGCAUCAUCGCAUACUUUGCCUCAUCCGACGGGGCUCAGACCAUCAACCAAGAGAACACGAGGCUCGUUAGCGACUAUAUGCGAUACGAGCACACACUCGGUCCCUCUCCCUCUGGUGAUGCAACCGAUUCCAACAAUGGGAUCAGUAUGCAGUCGUACAAGUACUUGGUCUAUGGGGAAGACAAGGCGCUGCAUGACUCCCAACGGGGGAGGACAACUGCAUCAGCGCAGUACAGGAUUCGGUUGGAUACAGAUAAUAAGAAGCUUGUCACCUUAGACAAGAUAUGGAAUGUUGAUGCUGGCAGCAGUGGGUUGCUGGGCGGUAGCAAUGAUACUGGCAACCGAUUGAAGGAUGUCUGCCUCUCAUUUGCAAUGUACAAGCUGCUGCGCCGUCGGUUCUAUAAUCUCCCGAUACACGAGGCUAGCCUAAAGAAGACAAGGCAGCUCGUCUUCGGCUACAUCCUGCAAGAGAAGAGAGACAAUUAUGAGAAGGCGUUCCGCAUCAUGGAGGUGGAAUUGUCCUUCCUCCAAGACUUGUUCUAUAGCAAGCAUUCCGCUAUGUUUGCUGACGGAUUUCCAUACAGGAGAAUGCUCAUGUCUUUGUCUCUUGUUGCUGCUACCGGCUACCUUGUAUAUCCUGUCCGUCAUAUACCAGAGAGGAUGGAUCAAGCAGACAAAAAUAUCAUCACUCACGGGGUGAUUGUCACUCGCAUCAUAGUUGGUCUUAUCAUUGCCAAGGAGCUGUCAGAGGUCUAUCUAUAUGUAUUCUCUCAAUGGAACAAGGUUCUGAUGAUCUGUAUGUACGUCAAGCAUCGGUGCUGGCGGAACCUGAUAGUGGAGGCAGUAAUGCGAACGAUGUUCUGGUUCAUCAGGAGCAAGUGGGAUCAAAGGAUCUUCCAGUAUAACCUUCUGAUUUCUGAUUCGCAUCGUUGGAACAAAUUUCACAGAAUAUUCAAGUUGGCCAAAUUUCCCACAAGAAUGAAGCUGGAGUCAGAGGUAAAGACGGCGAUACUUGAGUCGUUCAAGGGCCUCCAGCAUCCAGAAAGAAAGUUGGAAACCUACUUAUUAAAUGCCUUCGGAUCAAACGAGGCCCUUAUGCAGCAGCUAACAGGGGCAAAUGAUACCCACAGCAUACUGGUCUGGCACAUCGCAACAUGCUUGUGCGAGAUACAUACCUCUGAUGAAGCGAAAAAACCGAAGGUUAGAUGGCUUCGGAACAGGCUCUUGUGA